AACCACAGAUCCAUGAUAUGCUAUUACGGUAAACACCGGCUCGGUUACGAAAAUCUACAGGAAUCAUGGCUGCGAUUUUACGGAAAACGUCUGGACUUUUACGUGUGAAUUCGGGGAUUCUAUGCCCCAAGGCAAAGCUGAGUGGAUUUGCACACAUGUCUAGGACGAAAAAGGCUGCUCUAGUAACCUUUGGUGCAUUAGCAGCAGGCAGCACAGGCCUGGUAUCUGCCCUUCAUAUAUCAGUCAGUGCAGAGGAGUAUGACAUUCAUCCGCCUAAUCUGAUAUGGCCUCACAGUGGAGUCUUCAGCACAUUUGACCAUGCCAGUUUGCGAAGAGGAUAUCAGGUGUACAAAGAAGUGUGCUCAGCCUGUCACAGUAUGCAGUAUCUGGCUUUCCGUAACCUCGUAGGAGUAACACAUACUGAAGCAGAGGCCAAGACAAUAGCCGAGGAGUUCCAAAUUCCAGAUGGACCUGAUGAAGAAGGAGAGAUGUUUGAGAGACCAGGCAAACUGUCAGAUUAUUUCCCCAAGCCAUAUGCCAAUGAUGAGGCUGCAAGGGCUGCCAAUCAAGGUGCACUCCCACCUGAUAUGAGCUACAUCGCUCUUGCUCGCCAUGGUAACGAGAACUACAUCUUUGCUCUUCUGACUGGAUACUGUGAACCUCCUGCUGGUGUAGAGGUCAAGGGUGAUCUAUAUUACAAUCCAUACUUCCCUGGACAAGCUAUUGGCAUGGCUCCUCCUAUCUACAAUGAAAUCAUUGAAUAUGAAGACGGCACUCCAGCCACUAUGGGACAGAUUGCUAAAGAUGUGAGUACCUUCCUCCGUUGGGCUUCAGAACCAGAACAUGAUGAACGCAAGAGGAUGGGUCUCAAGGCACUGAUGGUUCUAAGUAUGAUCCUAGGCGUUGCCUACUACACUAAGAGGCACAAGUGGUCUGUUCUCAAGUCUCGCAAGCUAGCAUAUCGUCCACCAACAGCAUGAACCCCCCCCCCCUACAAUACCCAUCAAGAGUGUGACCCAAUAAUCCUAGUAUCAAGUCAUCCCAUUUGAAAUACAUCAGACCUCAGUAUGUAUAUGGCUAGAAAGAUUCUCUUUGGUACAAAAUAAUUCAUCAUCAUCAAGAGUUUAGGAAGGAAACUGGUAUGCUUGUGAUAGCAAGGUUCAUGCCCAUUCCUUGGUGAGUGACAAUUACAAGGGUAGGGAAAAGAAAGACAGGAUAAAUACAGAUACAUGUACCUAUCAGAUGACUUGAUUACUAUUUAUGUACAUUUGAGUUGAUAGAAUAUGGAUAUAUUAUAUAUGUUUUGAACACAUCGCUCUUUUUCAGAUAAGUGCUAUGAAGAGCUAGAAAUCUCUGAAAGAUGGUAUUUAUUAAACAUUUACUCUACUUACAAAUGUUUUUAAAGAAAUUAGAUGUUAGGCAUUGUUGCAUAUCUAACUUUCCUGAAAGACUCUAAAUUGAGAAAUGUAAUAUUACGACGUUGAAGACCGAAAGUAACUAGCAAAACCCUAUUGAUAGAAACUUGAUGUAAGAAACUCUGCAAUACCUUAACUAAAAGGUAUUGCUGUAGUCAUCUUUCUCACUGUAAAGCCAUAAUUUGUCAAAACAUAUCUGUCUGUUGAAUUGUCGACUCCUAUAUUGCAAAUAAUUAUGUGUCAUCCAACUAACCAAUUUUUAUCUCUGUGCACUGUGGCACUGUAAAUAAGAAAUUAUUUAAGUAUUCCUUAUUGAUCUGCCAAUUUCUGGAUCUCUUUGGAAAUGCUAGUUAUGAGGGUGAUGCAUUUCUACUGUCCGUAGAUAUAUACAUUUCCUUUGGCUAUUGUUAACAAUUUCAUUUCUA